AUAAAAUCUAAUCACCUCCAAAGCGCCUUGUACAAGUACAUAUACAUGUGUAUGUACUUAUGGCUUGGAUCCAUGUAACCUGUGCCAACCCCGCUUUUAGAGAUAGGUGGGUAAAGUACCGUAUACUUGGCUUCAAUGCGAAUAAUAAGCCCAGCUACAAGUACAGGUACUUUCAUCGUUGGCUCAUAGGGUCCCCUUUCCGAUUUCUAUAUGCGUUCGUCCAAUCAUAGGCAGCUGCGUAGCGCGGCGAAGAUCCAGCAACCGCCGGUCACCUUCCUAUAUACAUCUCGCCCAAGGUUAGAACACUGCAAGUGCAUCGUGCUUUCUCUCACCACUUUUUUUCAUGUUUUACUUUUUUUAUUUCUGCCUUCCCUUUUAACGUCCCUUUUUCUUACUAACCCCUCCUGUCCAUUUCCAAUCCCGCAAGCCAAGACAUCUACCCUCAUUCACUCCAAACCGUGCCCUGUAAUUGAGAUUAUUUUGUAGCCUUCGCACAAUUUGGACCAAGCCCCCUUGUUAAACUCGAAUUAUUUAGCGGUUGGGCCCAGUCGGGCUCGCACAACCCGCUACAAUGGGCUCCAAAGACCCUGAUACCAAUACAGCCACCGAUGGCCGACCACGAGAACGCCGGCGCAGCAAGAGUGAACGGGAACGAGACAGGGAGAAGGAUAGGGAACGUACAAAGGCAGAAAGAGACGGUCACCACCUCCAUAAAUCCCACCGCUCUAGACACAGAGGUUCUACCGAUGGCGAUUCGCAUACUUCCUCACACCGCCGACACCGAACAAAGGAGGAAAAAGAGAGAGACCGAGAACGAAAAACAUCUUCGAUGAAUGACCUGGUCCCCGAACUUUCGAGGACGUCCGUUUCUGGUAGCAGGGUUAGCUUACCAUAUCCUAGCUUCAGCAAAGCUCACAGCAAGGAAACCAUACUCAGUCACGAAGAUCUGGGAGCCUCUGCUCAUCUCACCGAUCCCCUCACCCCUGAUACGACGGACCUGGGCUCUGGCAGUCGGAGGAGAUCUGAGUCCGUAGAAGGCUCCGCAAACAAGAAGAGCGCGCAGAAAGACGACCGCCCCCCUAGCCCCCCGGAGACGGAUGUGUCCGAAGAGAAGAAACGACGAAGUAAGACGCCUACUUCAAAAUUGAGGGAAGAAUAUGGAUCGGGAUCGGAGAGACCGAAAUCAAGGACUUCCGGUAUUUCUCGGUCCAGCUCCAGGCACGACGAGAAAUCAAAGCUUUCUACCAAGUCAAAGGCUUCAAGCCAAGCUACCACCAUCAAAUCUCCUCCUUCCUAUCCACCCCCUCCCCCGCCCCCUCCUCCGCCUCCUCCGCUAGGGUUGGAGGUAAUUAAUGAUGAUACGUCCUAUUUAAGUGAUAAUAGGACCAUGGGAACUAUGUCGACUUCUACUCCUGUCGCGCCGAAACGGACGGCCUCGUCGAGAACUCCGAGGAUUCCCAGCCCAAUCGAGAUUGACGAUUCCCCCGAUUCCAUACAGGACUCGUCGCCUAAAACUCCCACCGCCACGCCGCAGUUUACCCCGCCACAGACAUUUCCAGACGAGAAACCCGGGGCCCAUGCUAGGUUCGAGAGACAAGAACGACCCACUCCCUCAGCAACUCCUACAACCGACUUUGGUCCUCCGCCUCCCCCGCCUCCGCCUCCUCCCCCAUUAAACCUCCAAGAAGUUCCAAGAGUUGACUAUCUACUCCAGAACGGUGGUCUACUUCACCCCAUACCGAAGAAUUUUCUGUCCGUGAUACCACGCCAGAACGGGACGCGACCUUCGAACCCCCCUUUAGCAGGCGCAGAAACUCUAUUCGCACCUUUCUUCAACCUCUUGGAUCAAUACCAAUCGGUAAUUCAGAAACAAGGCUCCGUCGCAGUUGCUACCGGUCACAAAUCAGUUGCGCGCCGGCUACUUGACCGAUUGGAAGAUGUGUUCUCUAGGGACCUUCCUGCUGAAGGUUGCAGUUGUAUCAUGUGCGAACAGAUACCAGAGGACCACCGUGGAUUAGGAUGGGGUGAGGUCCUAGAGCGGGUAGGGGGCAGAGUAGAAAUGCCUGCGUGGCCUCCAUUUGACAUCGCUUCUCUCGGCGCGACCGCGAUUGAAAACGUAGCAGAAAUGCCUCCUAGGCCGGCUUCUCCCGUUAAGCUGGACCCCGAUAUCGCGGAAGAGUUCAGGGACCACUACUUACGACAAUCCAAAAAGGUUCGGUCAGCUGUUGAUCGAUGGAUGAACGACUGUGCUGAAGCACCUGCACCAGCGCCCUCCGAAAUCGAUGAUGAGACGCUGACCUUUGCCGUCCUAACCAAUCUUGACCAGGACGAACGGCCGUAUUUCAAUGCGUUGAUUUCAGGUGCUCGCGAACUACAACCUGCUAUGAGAGCGCCUACUCCUAUGCGUAAGCCAAGGACGGAUUUCAUGGUAAAAACAGGGUUGGCACUUCAGCGCCUGUACCGUCUACCUCAACCACCCCGCGACGCAGAGACUGCCGUGUUUCUCGUCAAGUAUCCUCUCCACCACGAUCUACUUACAACCAUCACCGAUAUCAACCCCCAGGAAUGGGAGAUUCUCAUCUCGGGUCGUUUCGACGGCUUUCUCUGGUCCGGAGCCGACGCCGAAGAGUCGACAACGCCCAUUGCCGAAAAUCCACUCUCACGAGGUACCACGCCCGCAAAUGCCUUCUCAUCCCCACCCCCAUCACGAGGAGCUAGUAUGGGAAUGCGCCACACGCCAGGGUUCGGUGCGUCCCGUAGUACGACACCGUUCUCCGGCAUAUACUCCCGAGGUGCUACACCUGCCUCCUUCAUCUCCCUUUCCUCGUCUACCGCACCCGGCCAUAACCGCCAACCUGUGUCUCACGAUGAAGAAGUCGAGAUGGCCGUUCUGGCCGAAGUCGAACGAGAGAUCUACCAGGGUAUGGAGGCCCUUGAGGAUGCAUUUGAAAAGCUUCAUCUGCGCGCCGAGGUGGUACGGAACGCUUUACGUCAGCGCAACAACGGCUUGUUAAUGAGCCAGCAACAUCGUCGUGCUGGAAGAAUUGACGUGCUACCGCAGUUGUCCGGCAACUCGCAAGAUUCCGAAAGACCGCCUUGGGCCGUCGGGGAUGAAGACGGCAUUGCGAGUGAAAGUGAUUGGGGAGGCGACGAUUUCGACUUAGCCCCGGAGGAUUCAGCGAGUAAUAUCUCGAGCUCAAGACACAGACGACCGAAGCGAAGAAACGAGAGGAGAACCCCUGCUCCUAUUGAGGAAGACGACGAAGAAAACUAAAAAAUAAUUGACUAAUCGUCAUUGCUCUGGGCCUAUUGGAUACUGAAUUCAUAUUGCUUGCUUCUUCACGACCGUCACGACCCCCAAAAAUAACCCCUGAUACCAUUUCAAAUUAUGUUCUAGUUUUCUUUUUUUUUCUUUUUUUCAACUCUAUGGUACAUUUAAACAAAUGAAUGGGCAUUGCAUCCUCUCGGCCGAUCCAGCGGGUUAGGAAGAACAAAAAAGAAGGUGCAGGGAAGGAUAAACCCCAUAGGUUGAGCCUUGGAGCUAGAUUUGAUCAGAGCCCAUAUUUCUUGUCAUCUAGCUAUACAUCCAUAUUCGCAUAGGAUCGGAGUUUACAAUGGUUUCUUUUUUUUUCUCUUGUUUUCUCUCGAGGGCAUGGCCUCUUCAACUCAUAUCAUUAGGAGUAGUGGUGAGGAUAUAUCCAAUACAUUAAGUCGGUAUUUCUCAGGAGCGAAUAAAGCUCGAUAAUAUUAUCUGUCAUAAAUGGGCAGUCCAGAAUGUAAACCAACAAUUUACUUGGACCAAGGGACUAGAUAUAAUUAUAUGUAUUGCCCAUGCAGCAUACAUGAAAGCAUCCAGGUACAAAUCUGUAUAAAGAACCAAGCAUCUGCCACGUACCCGGGCAGUGUCCAUACCAUGUACAGGUACAAGUUUAGGUACAUAAUGUCGGAUACGAGUAUACAUGUACUUGGUUUGCUAACAUGAA